AUCUUCAUCCCGGUAUGAAUGCAAAAAAGAAAAAUGCAGGGGAAACGACUAGCCAUGCAGACUGCAUUCUUCCCCCCUGCCUCUUCGUGUCAAGCUGAGAUUAUUCCUGCAAUUUGGGUUCACGACCAUGUUCGUCGUGCCAUUUUCCCGCGCCGGCGAUAAAGCUUAUCGUUUGACAGAAACUCAGGGGUGCUUCGAAUCUUGGGAGGACAUUUAGGUUCAUCUUUCCGGAGCAGCCAACUGUAGCGUUCGUCACUCAUUCAUUCAUUUUAUAUUUUUCGCUAUGGACUUUCUGCACAAGUUGUUGGUUGAGUCUUGGGUUCUAUGGGUGUUGGGUCUCUUUGUCGUUGUGUGUCGACUGAUAUCACGACGCAUGAAGCUUAGAAAAUGGAGUCGUCUCGCCAUUGAAGAUUAUCUCAUGGUCUUUGCCCUCGUCAACUUUACAGGAGUCGUCGUCUCGAUCAACGAAGUCGCCGAGAAAGGCAGUAACUACAUGCCCGCUGACGUCGCCGCAAAACUCACCCCCGAUGGAAGACAACAAGCUAUAAUCGGGAGUAAAAUGACCUUUGUACUCGAAAUAUUCGCACUUACUUGUACAUGGACCAUCAAAGCGUGUCUUUUGUUUCUGUACGCGAGAUUGACGCAGGGCACAUCGAUAAGACAGAAAUGGGCAGUACGAUUUGUCUCUGCGUUUUGCGCGGUCACAUACAUCGUUGUUACCUUCAUGUUUGUAUUUUUUUGGUGUUCGCCUACGCCUGAAUAUUGGUCCGUUCCUGUUAACCCCAAGAAGAUGCAAUGUGCGACGUAUUACAACCAUAUGAUCUUUGCGACGGCUUGCAACAUCGCAAGCGACAUCAUGCUGAUCUUAUUACCGAUCCCAAUUGUCAUCAACAUCAGUCUCCCCAAGAAGCGCAAGAUCGGUUUAUGCUGCGUUUUUGGCCUCGGUUUGUUCAAUAUCCUCGCCGCCGUCCUCAACCGUUACUACAACUUCAGCAACCCCAACUCCUACGUCUUUCUCUACUGGUACGUUGCAGAAGGCGGCGUCGCCCUCUGGGUCGGAAACCUGCCUCUCUGCUGGCCCGUUCUGCGUCUCGCCAUCGGCUCCAAAGGCGAUUCCACCGACCCCUCCUCAUACCCCAACACUCCAUACCGCAACGGUUCAUACCCCGAAGGUUCAGCGCGACGGAGAACUCAAGGACUUCACCCGCUGUCAAGCAAACCUUCAAUCUGGGCUAAGUUGGAGGAUGAGGAUGGCGUGCGCACUGACGUUUCGCCAGAGCAGGGAAGCCAGAUUGAGCUGGUGGACCAGCAUGGACCGGAUCUGCUGCAGCGGCCGUACCGCGCUGAAGCGAAAAUUAGCAGUGGGACGCAGCAGCAUGAGAGGGCUCGUAGCGGACAGAUUACAGUUGUUACGAGCGUGGAGGUUAGCACGAAGCAGACAUAGACCAUUUCUUCAAUUGUGUAUUACUUAGACUAGCAUGAACAUGUUACAACGACUUUACUUUUAUACGAACAUGUUUUAUUCCCUCA